AUGCCUACUUCUUUAAGACGUCUUUUUGCUUCGCUUCUUACACUUUGUAACCCUAAUCAUCCAAAACUACUGUGGGAUAAAUUUAAAGUUUAUAUGAUCGAUGAUUAUGUAUGUAAAAAUAUACCUUUAGGGGUUGCUGAAGUACGAGCGUUACAAGACAUCAAUUCUAUUUUAGAAUUAUCGGGUCAAAACAUAAAUCACUAUGAAAUAGUACUGUUCGGUGUAAAUAUAGAUGAAAAUGAAAGAUUGAGAAGAAUGGUUGCAGAAGAGACAAUAAAUUUGGAUAUAAAAGGAGGUUAUGCUCGUGCAGCAAGCUUAAAUAAUGAGCAACAAUUUGCGUACGAUACAAUUAUGGAAAAAGUAAAUUCCAAAUCGAAUGGGGUCUUUUCCAUUGAUGUGUCUUCUGGAGUAUCUGUAUCUCUUUUACCUAGAGGUCGAACAACUCAUUCAAGAUUUAAAAUUCCUUUGAAAACAGUUGGUAAAGUUAGCUGUUCUUUAAUAAUCUGGAAUGAAGCACCUAUGGUGAAUCGUUGUGCCGUUGAAGCUGUUGCUAAAAUGCUCAGAGAUAUUACUGAUUGUAACUUGCCUUUUGGUGAAAAAGUGCCUUUAUAUUCACAUCUACCGUUGGUUGAGAACAUAAGAGCGAAAUUGGAUCCCAUAUUUUGUGAUUAUUUACUCAAAGUUGGAAAUGGAACAGAGCAAGAACACAGUUGUAACUGCAUUCAGCUUCCAAACAAUAUAAUCAUACCAUUUGAGGAUGAAAUUACAUCUCUCAAAAUUUUGAUAAAUCAUGUUUUUCUGAAUAUAGAAGCAUAUGUUGAUAAUUUACAUAUGACGGGAAAUCGAGUCAUUCUUACGCUUAGAAAUGAAUGUGUCGAUCCUAUUAACAGAAUUUUACUUGAUCAGAUUCCUAGUGAAAUUCACAUAUACUAUAGUUUUGAUGAAGCGAUUGACAAAUCAGAACAGAGCUUAUAA